CUCGACACCACCCAUCUGCACCACCCACAGCAGCCAUGAAUCGCCUGUUUGGAGCGAAAAGCACUGCGCCUAAGCCCACCCUGGGCGGCGCCAUAUCGAAUGUCGAAACAAGGAUCGAAAGCCUCGAUGUUAAGCUCGCCAAACUCAACGCCGAGCUGUCGGCAUACCAACAGCGCCUAGGAAAGAUGCGAGAUGGCCCCGGCAAGACAGCCAUCAAGCAAAAAGCCCUCAAAGUCCUUCAGCAGCGGAAGAUGUACGAGUCCCAGCGUGACCAGCUCCAGCAGCAGUCAUGGAACAUGGAGCAGGCAGGCAUGAUGCAGGACAACCUGAGAAACACUAUGACUACAGUUGGCGCCAUGGAGACAACCACCAAGGAGCUGCGGAAGCAGUACGGCAAGAUUAAUAUCGACAAGAUUGAGAAGCUCCAGGACGAGAUGGCAGACCUCAUGGACAUGGGAAACGACAUCCAGGAGAGCAUUAGUCGCAGCUACGAUGUGCCAGAGGAGGUCGAUGAAGAGGAACUCGAUGCAGAGCUCGAGGCGCUUGGAAAUGAGGUGGAAUUUGAGGGUAUUGGGGAGUCACAAGGAGUGCCAGGCUUCAUGAUGGACGAAGCAGUGCCCCCCACGUUCAUCGACGAACCCCCGGAGCCAGGCAAAGUGAAGGAAGCUGCGGGCUGAGUGGAAUCACCUCAUCUUAGCACCAAGGCAAAGGCAGAGUGCACUAAAGGUCAACUUACAGCAUAUUACGGCCUUCGCCUGCAGAGAAUAUGAGCAUGCUGGUGCGCCAAGUCUCGUCCCAUGAUACAAAAUUGCCCUUCUCUCCAUUGUAGCGCACAUCGACGCUCUUUCCAAGCUUCUGAGGAAGAGCGGGGAUGGGCGGGAUGGAAAACGACAGGCUUGGGUUGCGCGGUCUUGGCAUCGACGACCGAUUGGUUCGGACACAUGACCACGCCAAGUCUAUCCGGCCGAAUCAGCGGAGGAGCGAACCCGGACAUCAUUCCACCAUCUUCAGCACUCCAGGCUUCAUUGCUCCCGAGCUCCCAUUUGCGUCCAUUGUUCUAGAUUCUCAUUACGCGUCAUCAGCCAACCCACUCCAUAGGUGCGCAUUUGCGCUUGUGAAUUUAGAU